GGACCGGUUUAAAACUAUAAGCUGAUGUCGGAUGAUAUAUGGGAGGAGAGUGCUGUCAAAGGAUUUCAAUUUGAUUUAGAGGAAGCAGAUAAUACUUCAACGUACUCUCAUAUUCUCGGUGAUAGCAUUGGUGAAACAUUUUGUGAUGAAUCAAUAACAAUAGACUUUAACAAUCAAUUUUGUACAAUAUGCCAUAACUUAAUCGGUAAUGAGAUUUACUAUGAAAAAGAUGCUACGUUCUGUUCAGAGGCAUGCUGGUUGAAAGCAAUUACAAUAGCUCUUGAUGAUUUUGUUGUUGGGGGAAUGAGUACAUGGCCAUUGAGUACUUUUGUUUCACAAUCUUCUAAAUCAGUUAUUUUAAAUUUGACUACAAGCACUUUUGAUGGAAAUUUAAUUAUAAAGAUUGUUAAUGAACUUAGGAAUUCAUUAUCAGAAAGCACUUUUGAAAAUAUUUUGCUAAAAAACCCCGUAGCCGGGUUUCAUUUUCUUAACUUCCUUAGAAAUACUGGACAGUUAGUAGACUUAAAGAAAUAUAUGAAAAUACUAGGUUUUAUCAGAGAAAGUGAAAUUUCUAGCUAUAGUCAGUUGAUGCAAAAGUUGAUGAAUUUAUCGUCGGGUCAUGUAGACGAAGUUAAUAAACAUUUAAUGCAGAUUGCAGAAUCUGAAGUAGCCUCAAAUCUUGCUGUUAAAAAUAUUGUUGAAAUCUCUUCUGAAUUGGCUGUUAUCUUGGAUUAUCAGAACAGCUAUGAAAGAGAAUGGAGUUCAUAUUACAGUGAACUUCUUAUACGUACAAACGCCCGGAAAAACGCUACUACACUCCCUGAGAGUUUGUUGAUGCAGCCAUUAUGCGAAACUCUUGGUGCAUUGGCGAGGAUGGAUCAAAGCAUUAAGACCAAUAGUCGGGCUGAAACUCUUGGGAAAAAGUUCAAAAUAUCGGAUGAACAGUUUAGAUGGUUGUUGAUAGAGCCCCUUGUUCAGUCACGAAACUGGGACGAUCUGGAAUUUAUCAUGUUAAAAAAGAAAUCUUUGUCGCGUCAUAUGGAGGUUACCAUCCCAACUGACCGUCUUAUCCUUCAUCUCAAUUCAUUAGGUGUCCCAAACAAUAUUAUUGAAAGUUACUUGAAAUAUCUAAGUGAUGAUGAGUUUAUACAGAUUGUUAUUCGGUUAAAUAUGGUCGAUGAAGCGGUUAAACUCUGCUUGGAAAAGCGAAAUAUCAACGCUUUGAAGGAACUCAUGUCUCAAAUACCUGGCAAUCAUCAAAAGAAGAAAGAAAUAUCUCACUAUCUAUCAGUUCCUGUUGCACAGUGGAAAGACUUUGUUUGUAGACAAGCGUUUUGAAACGAACUUUUCAUUUUACAUUUUUGAGAAACACUGAUGAGCUGGAUUUUGAGCCUCGACUUUUGUACGCACAUAUGUAUCGUCCCGUUAUCAACUGAUAUAACAAACGAAUAAUGGUGAAUAAUCCUUGGGAUUCCCGGGUUUCACUUCGAUCAGUAUGUCUUUGUAAUCGUAUUAUCAUAGUUGUAAUUCCAAAGAUAAUGCAAAUGAUUGUUUUUAUCGUGAGAGUUA